AUGGUCGAACUCAGGAAGCGCAAGGCACCAGCUCAGCCUCCCACCACAGAGAAGAAGCCCAAGCCGGCUCCCAAGCCCAAGGAGCCAGAGACUGAUACUGAAGAAAGCCCCGCGCCAAAGGUCCCGGAAACCGACGAUACAAUCGACUUGAAGACCUUUGGGGGUGAGAUUGAGAUCAAUGACGGCGUGAAAACCACCCUACACAAGCUCGUUGAUGAGAGCAAGGCAGGUGUGGUGCUGUUUACUUAUCCAAAAGCCUCCACUCCUGGCUGCACUAAGCAAGCAUGCUUGUUCCGUGACAACCACACGCAUUUGACCUCCACUGGUCUCUCCAUUUACGGCCUCUCGGGAGACUCUCCCAAGGCCAACACCACCUUCAAGACAAGACAAAACCUGCCAUAUCCUCUGAUUUGCGACACUAAGGCCACACUUAUUGCAGCCAUUGGAUUCAAGAAGUCCCCCAAGGGAACGACCCGCGGUGUUUUCGCCGUGGAUAAGAAGGGCAAAGUCUUGCUUCGAGAGGCCGGUGGCCCAGACGCCACUGUGGACGCUGUUCAAAAGAUUAUCGCCAAUGCCAAGGAUGACAGCAAGGAAGAUGAUAAACCCGAGUGA